AAGCACAAACUUGAAAAAAGUGUUUCACUCACAAACACACGCAUGCAUAAAUCGAGGACUGUCGGUACAUACGUUUCGGAGCCUUGACUGAGAGGAAGAUAUAAACACAUAUAUUUGUAUUUUUAGCGUUUAGCAUUCAAUUACGGAAACCCGUGAAUGACAACUAAUAUUGAAUUUGUGUUUUCUACAAAAAUAUUAUUUACACAACAGUUUUGUUUGGAAACAAAACAAUGUGUUGAAUCACUCCCAACUGUGAGAGAAGUUGUGAACUGUCCAGCCACUGAGGAUGAAUGGAACGUUGCCGUUCAAAGAAAAAGAUGUGACGCGAUAGCCAUCAUCCAGAAGUGUGUUAACCCGUCUGAGCUUGAAUAUCACUGCUUGGUGAACCAUUGGAGUAAUGAAACAGUAGAAGUAUGUGCACCAAGAUGGAUUCUAACAGGGUAUUGUGGUUAUUAUGAUACAAGCAUCAAUAGGAUUUUCAACAAUGUCAAUGAAGACUGUACAAAAUUUAAAAAUCCUUGCCCGUCAAGGUAUAAGGCAUCAGAAUCAUAUAAAUAUCAAGAGUGCUACAGAAUAAAAAAUACUCAAAAAAGUCAAGAAGAGAAAUCAAAAAACAGCUAUGAGUGUUCCAUGGACGGCUAUAUUGCAGGAAUGAUUGUUGCCAUUCUUGUUGCUAUAAUUGCCAUAAGUGCUCUUAUUGUAUAUGCUUUUUGCAUGAAAACAGUCCGAAAAGUACUAGGAAAAGAUGAACAUGAUGAAGUGCAGAAGAAAGACUCUCUACCCUUUACAGAUAUGGAAAUAAUAGAAAGUGGACAAGAAUUAUUGCCAAGAUCAAGCAACAACAGUGAGCACGAAGUUUUUCUAGUUCGUGAAAUAAUAUAUAAAGCAAAACGGUCCGAACAACCAUGUGGCAGUGGGAGUACGCGAGCAGCACAGUCAGAUAUUGUACACGAAAGCACACCUGCAAGUAAAGAAGACAAUGUAGAUCCAUGUACAAAAAGUUUGCCAGACAGACUCCCAACUGAAGGGAGGAAGAGAAAAAAGAAAAGAAAGAAGAAGCGACAUUAGAAUUUUAGCAUUAAAAUCAUUUAUAUGCAAUUCAUCUCGUCAUCAUGCGGCUCGUUAAAUGUACAAGUUGAUAAUUUUCAAAAUAUUCCGUAAUUGAAAUAAUAAUUUUUAAAAAAAAAGAAAUUAGUUAUUCGGAAUGCACAAGUGUUUGAUGACAAAAACAAAUGUCUUUGCUUUGAUUAACCUAACACUGAAUGUUCUAAAGUCUCGAAAAAAAAAACUUGAUUUAAACAAGGACAAAAGAGCAUAAACUUAAUUUAACAGCCUUAAAGCUUAAACAAUGUUCUUAAAAUUUUUAUUAUGAAAUAAAAACUGUUGUCAAAAACUAUUUUAAAAAAUACGAAUGGAUCUUUUAGAAAGAGAAUUAAUUUCUCCAGUGUCCAACUACUAGAUCAGCUUUAACAUACAGUCUUUUCACAAGAUAUAUUUAUAUUCAUGCUCUUCUCAACAUUAAGUCUAUCAUCAUUAGAAGGUUGCCUAGUUAAUAUACGCUGUGUGUAUUUUUAUAUUAUAUACUUUUAUAUUUUAUAUGCACUUUUAUUUCGUUUUCUCGUUUGAUCGUAGGAAAGAUUGUUUGAUGUAUAAAUGAUACUGGACUUUACCUUAAUCAAAAAUACUGCUAUAAAUAACUGAAUCAUUAAUAUGUCCCGCUCAGUUGCAAAUCACAAAAAGUCCACUAACAUUUUUUUCUGUUAUUCAUUGUAUCAACAUAAUUGUGUCUGCUUAUAAUAUAUAAAGAAUUUAUUGUUGUAAAUAUUUUUUAAAAAGUUAAUGAUGUCAAUGCAAUUACAGCUAAUAAAUUUGUAGAAAAUA